GACUUCCUUUGGGUGCGCUGGUAUCAACAUGUAGAUGUUGAUGAAGGCUCGAGCUGGCACACACCUUUAGAUCACAUUUUCUUCCCUCCUAUGGCAGAACCAGACAUGUUUGGGUUUGUUGACCCUAAUGACAUUCUUAGAUGUUGCCAUGUUAUUCCGCAAUUCACUCAAGGCCUGCGGUGUUUGGACGGCAGGAGCGUUUCCCAUUGUGCUCAAGAUAAGCUUGACUGGCGGUACUAUUAUAUCAAUCAUUUUGUAGACCGUGACAUGUUCAUGUGUUAUCAAUGGGGUUUAGGAGUUGGGCAC